UUAUACCUUUGCAGACAAGAUUUCUGUGAGACAACGCCGUCAUGGAUGGAAAAGUGUACACUGAGAAAAUGAAGAAUCCCAGAGCGGAUGCUAACAUUUUCAGCGUCUUGACGUUCUCUUGGAUCUUACGUACUUUCUGGGUGGGUUACCACCGAGAUCUUGAAGUAACUGAUUUGUACACACCUCUUAAGGAGCAUACAAGUGAUAUUCUUGGUGAUAAAUUAGCAAAGGCCUGGCAGAAGGAAUGCGAGGCAUAUCAGUGUCGACUGAAGCAGGUCGUGAAGAGCGGAUCACAGAAGAAGAUCAAGGAACCCAGUCUGAUGAAAGUUCUUAUGAAAUGUUUCGGCCUCAAGAUUAUACUGUAUGGGAUUUGUGCGACCUUUGCAGAGAUCGUGAUCAGGGGGAUGUUGCAGCCGUUAUUGGUAGGCCAAAUGUUGCACUACUUUAACUCUAUGGACGUCGACAAGUUGCACGCGUAUAGCUGUGCCGUCGGCAUCAUUCUCUGCUCCGCUUUUAAUGUGUUCGUUACUCAUUUGACUUUGAUGGGUAUUACACACAUGAGCUUGAAGAUUCGCGUCGCCUGCUAUUCACUGAUUUACCGCAAAACAUUGAAGAUGACCAGGACCGCACUGAGCGAGACGACAAUCGGCCAGAUAGUCAAUUUGCUAUCUAAUGACAUCAACAGAUUCGAGGUCUAUCUCAUAUUUCUCCAUUCUCUGUGGUUCGGACCUUUGGAGACCAUUAUCCUCACGUACGUAAUGUACUACGUAAUCGACAUCGGAGUAUCGUCUAUCAUCGGUGUCGCUGCUCUGCUAAUGUUCAUCCCUUUACAAGGUAGAGAAAGUUACUGCUAUGAUCGUUUGUAGUAAUGAAAGUAAUCGGGGAACCAAGGUAAAAAUAACUUGUCAUAUAUGUAUAUAUGUGUGCAAAGGUAAAAACAUUUAAGU